CCAUGAACCACUGCGUUAUGUUUUGAUGUUCGAUGGUUCAUGCUGUUUGUCAUGGCUUUCGCUUGCAGCACUUUCAACAAACUCGUUAAGAUGAAUGUUCCGUUGCGAAGGGCUCUCUUAAUAAACCGAUCUGUAGUGAGUACUGUUGCCCUGAGACAUCAAAGUGGUAUUACCAACAAGACGCCCAAACCAAAGGGAGCACUGGCUUCUGCUGCCGAAUAUACAGUCAUUAAGUUGGAUGAUCUUGUGAAYUGGGGUCGAAGUAGCUCUCUCUGGCCAAUGAUGUUUGGUUUGGCCUGUUGUGCUAUGGAAAUGAUGGCGUUUGCAGCUCCAAGGUAUGACAUGGAUAGAUUUGGUGUUGUAUUUAGAGCAAGUCCACGUCAGGCUGAUGUGAUGAUAGUAUCAGGAACAUUGACCAAUAAGAUGGCUCCAGCAUUAAGAAAGGUUUAUGACCAGAUGCCUGAACCACGAUGGGUUAUAUCAAUGGGAAGUUGUGCUAAUGGCGGUGGAUACUACCAUUAUUCAUAUGCAGUAGURCGUGGUUGUGAUCGUGUUAUUCCUGUUGAUAUCUACGUACCUGGGUGCCCACCGACAGGUGAAGCUCUUCUUUAUGGAGUCUUACAACUACAGAAGAAAAUACGCCGCCACCAUCACCCUAUCACCAUGUGGUACAGAAAAUAGAUCAUAAUUUACCUUAAAUAAUUACAACAAGACUUGUAACAGCUAUAAACUGUGUGUUCAAGGACAAGUCCACUGGGGGGUAGGGUAGGGGGUUUGGGGUGGUUAGGACCUAAUCGCCAAAUUUUUUUCCAUCAAGAAAGCAAAUUAGUUGAAGUAACAACUAUAAAGUUGACAAAUUGCUUGAUGGAAUUGGGCUUUCUGUGGUACAAUCCUAUGUCAACCAUUUCACCCUCUAAAUGUCCUUUGGAAUAAAUCUGGUUGCUUCAUGAAAGAAAUGAAGUAUUUUCAAGAUAUUGCUAAUGUAUAAAAAGUCAUUUUGAUAAAUGGUAUUUUGCACACUCCUUCGAAAAUAGUGUAAUAUUGGUAAUAAAUUAUAUAAAGAUUUAUAUGUAAAAAGUUGUGGCGCUGCCAUGACACAACUAUAUAAAAAAUGCCUUCUUCAAAAGAAGGCAUGUGUAAAUGAUUAUCAUUUUAAAAAUUAUGAUAAUACGACUUGAAAAAAAAUGAAAGUGAUAUCACUAAUUUUGUUUGCACAUGUUAUUAAAAUGAUCGCAAUUACGCUUGAACUGUAACAACUGUUUUUCAGGCGUUUUGUAUUUUCGUAUUUCUAAGUCGUAAAUUUCKUUUGUACUAAAAAGGUCAGGGGUAUCAGUCCUGGCUGAAUAUAAUGGAAAA